AUGAAUCUCAAAAAGGAGCUGUUUCCAUGGGUUUACUUCUUCUUCUUCUACGUUUUCCUCGUCGUCUCUUCUCGCGUUCAACCUUCGGAAGCUGCUACUAAAGACUCGCCCAAGGGAGACGUGAAGUUACAGAAUCAUCUACUUGCCUCCUCCGUCGUCUUUCCUGUAUCCGGGAACGUUUAUCCUCUUGGGUACUAUUAUGUGUUGCUUAACAUAGGAAACCCACCUAAGGUCUUUGACUUGGACAUUGACACUGGCAGUGAUCUCACUUGGGUUCAAUGUGAUGCACCCUGCAAAGGUUGCACAAAGCCACGUGAUAGUCAGUACAAACCCAAAUGCAACACUUUACCUUGUUCGCACAUGUUGUGUUAUGGCCUAGACCUUCACCAGAGAAGACCUUGUCUCGACCCUCAGGAUCAGUGUGACUAUGAAAUUGGAUAUUCAGAUCAUGCAUCUUCUCUUGGUGCUCUCUUGGUGAUCUUUGCUUGUUUCUUUUUUUUCAGAUGUGGGUAUGAUCAGCAGAGCCCUGGUCCACACCCUGCUCCUCCAACAGCUGGUAUGCUUGGCCUUGGCAGAGGCAAAGUAAGCAUCUCAUCACAGCUUAGUUACUUGGGGAUAACCAAGAAUGUGAUUGUGCAUUGCUUAAGUAAUGAUAAUAGUAAAGGCUUUCUCUCUAUCGGAGAUGAGCUUGUUCCUUCUUCUGGAGUUACGUGGACUUCUUUGGCUCUUAAGUCAACUAGUAAACACUACAUGACUGGACCAGCAGAGCUUCUCUUUAACGACAAGACCACAAGUGUCAAAGGCAUUAACUUCAUUUUCGAUAGUGGAAGCUCGUACACUUACUUCAAUGCCCAAGCAUACCAAGCGAUUCUUUCUCAUAUACGUAAAGAUUUGAAGGUUAAGGCUUUGAUGGAGACAAAAGAAGAUAAAAGCUUACCGGUCUGUUGGAAAGACAAAGAGCCUUUGAAAUCAGUAUAUGAUGUGAAGAAAUACUUCAAGACUAUUACUUUAAGAUUUGGGAGUCAAAAGAAAGGUCAGCUGUUUCAGGUUCCACCUGAGUCAUAUCUCAUUAUCACUGAAGAAGGAUCUGAGAUCGGGCUCGAUAACUACAACAUCAUUGGAGACAUAUUCUUCCAAGGGAUAAUGGUAAUCUAUCUCUAUGAGAAGCAGAGGAUUGGAUGGAUUCCUUCAGACUGUGACAAGCUUCCCAAUGUGAAUCACGACCGUGGAGGAGUUUUGUCGAAGGAGGAGGAGUAUCAAAGAGGCUUUGGUUUGAUAAGAUGGCUUUUCCCGGGAACUGAUUCUUCUAAGAACAAGAAAGAUGUAGAGCUUUGA